AUGGUGGUGGGGGGAACGGUCCUACCGGUGUUGGAGCUGCUAGUCCUAGAGGUGCUGGAGGUACUGGAGGUACUGCUGGAGGUACUAGAGGUGCCGGAAGUGCCGGAGCUACUAGUCUUGGAGGUGCUGGACCUACUAGACCUGUUGCUGGAGGUGCUAGAGCUGCUGGCAUUGGCGGUGCUGGAGCUGCUGGUCAUGGAGGCGCUCAUACUGGAGGUGAUGGAGCUGCCAGAGGUGGUGGUGCUACUGGUGCUGGAGGUACUGGGGGUACUGGAGCUGCUGGCACUGGAGGUGCUGGUGCUACUGGUGCUGGAGCUGCGGGAGUUGCUGGUCCUGGAGGUGCUCGUACUAGAGAAACUGGAGCUGCCGGAGCUGGUGGUGCUGCUCGUGCUGGAGGUGCUACUGGAGCUGCUGGCACUGGAGCUGCUGGCACUGGAGGUGCUGGAGGUACUGCUGGUGCGGGAGGUGCUGGAGCUGGAGGUACUAGAGGUAUUGGAGGUGCUGGAGCUGCUGGUCAUGGAGGUGCUCGUAUUAGACGUGCUGGAGCUGCCGGAGCGGGUGGUGCUGCUGGUGCUGGAGGUGUUGGAGGUGCUAUUGGAGCUGCUGGUGCUGGAGGUGCUGGUGCUGCUGGUGGUCAAUGACAUCCUUGAGGAUAGGCAGUUUGAGCUUGACUAUCUUGCGGCCGCUUUACCUCGUUUCGCAUCCAUGCUGCUUUGCCCUGAGGGAGACCCGGAUGCACUUGACAUCCCUAUCCCGCGCUCUUACGCUGAGGCGAUCACGGGCAAGUACUCCUCUCAGUGGCAGACAGCCAUGAAGGCAGAAAUGGCUUCCAGGAAGUCCACACACACCUAUGCCGAUGAUGUUCCUCCUCCUAGGGCAAACAUAGUCGAUCGCAUGUGGAUUUUCAGAGUGAAGGGGCCGCCGGGUUCUCCGCCUGCAUUCAAGGCGCGUUACAUUGCUCGAGGCUUCAGUCAGCGACAGGGGGUCGACUUCUUCUAG